AUGCCUGGUCGAGAUGCUGAACUGGCCGCCUGUCUGGAUGCAAGUCGCAAAAUGGAGCUGCGCUACGGACACUGGUUUGACAACGUUUUCGUCCCCGUGAGUCUCGAGUCCGCGCUUGACUACCUCCUCAAUCUCGCAACUCGGCUGGAACGUGAGCCGCAGUGGAUACCGAGACACUAUUUCAAAGUUGUCUCACAGAUGGCUGCGGCCAGAGUGACUCGUUGA